AUGGGAACUUGCUCGAAUAGACCAGAGCAAAAAUAGAUUUCAGAAAAUCUAAGACUAAAAGCAAUAAUGAUAUUUCAAAAAAUUGAUGUUCAAAAUAAGGGUUAUAUUGAUAAAGAAAGGACAUUAUAAUUUUGGAAAUCGAAUUUUGCAAAAAUAAACACAGAUGCUUUAUUUUCAUAGGUUGAUUAUCAUAAAAGUGGGAACAUAACAGUUUAGGAGUGGCUGGCCUUUUGGGAUAUUGUAAAAUAGUAGGGUUAUACUGAAUAGGAGAUAUCAGAUGAAGUAAAUAUGAAUAAGAAUUUAUAACUGUUUAGCUUGAUGAAUUGCAAUAAGGGAAGGCUUGGGUGCAAUUCUAAAAGGUGGAGGCAUUUAUAAGGGCGGAUACUCAGAGACACAAAACAUAAAUUGAUUAAAUAGUGCAGAUGGAGAAAAAAUCAUUACUUAAAUCAAAGUCCUUUAAUUAGAAUUGA